AUGGCCAUCAUCGGUGGCUACUAUAUCGGCUACUGCAUCCUCGCCGGACUCUUGUGCCUGGCACGCACGAAACAUGAUCCUGCGCGGGUGGGCAUUGCCUGGAUGAAGGCGACGUAUCCGAUAUGGAUUGUAGCGCUGGGACUGCACUUGGUCUGGAGCGCGCUGCGGAUCUGGUUGUAUUACGGGGACGACUUUUACUAUGGCUACUCAGCGCGGGCGUUUAGCCGGGUCAUCUCGCACCUUAGUAACAUGGGUUCAUUCUUCGAAGAGGUGGCCGAAAUCAUUCUCUUCGUCACCUUCGUCGAAUUCGGCAGCGGCGUCCUGCUCUGCCAGAACGGCGGCCAGCCCACGGCCAUCCGGAAGGCCAACCGCAUCGCCAUCCGGGUCUGGGGUGCCAUCCUCUUCAUCCUGUCCAUUGCUCUGAUGGGCGUUAACCAUUCCAUGAUCGGUCGCUCCUAUACCGUCUCCAGCUCCAGCGGAUCAGACUCAGACAGCAUUAUCAACCGUAUCAUCCAUCUCGUCCGCUUGGAGGGCGCUGUCGGUAUUCUCUUGUGGCUCACGACCAUUCCCGUGUUAGCCUUCGCUUCCUAUGUCUUCCACAAGACCAAGAACAACUACAUGCUGCGCAGGUCGGCCGUUCUCCUGCUAGUCGCCACGGCCCUCGACUUCAUCCGCCACCUCAUCACCAUGGCCGUCACCGCGGCGGCCUCACUCGGCAACCCGGCCCGUUACGUCCUGUCCGAAACCGACGUCGACCCGGCGGUCCUCUACGUGAUCUUCCCUUUCUUCCGGUUCGUCUUCAUGUUCGUCAUCCUCGUCCUCCUCCUCUCGCUCGCCAUCCGCAAGAGCGGGCGUCUCUGGUCGAGCCCGCAGCAGCCUGUGCCGGCGUAUCAACAACAGCAGCAGCAGCAGCAGCAGGGGGGACAGCAGCAACAGGUUGACGAGCAAAAGGGGUUGCUGCGACGCAGACACAGAGAGACUUCCCGCCCCUGGGUAGCAAUACUAAGAUAGUUAAUGAAGGACCGGGGCAUUCUUGGCAGUUGUG